GGUUAUUCUUCUGCGUGCUUUGGGUUGCCUUUGACUUACAAAACUCGGGGUUUGCCCCCCCGAAAUUGUCAAAAUGAUGUAUAUGCCUCUCCAUACCUAUAAUAUGCAUACGGAAGCCAGAAUGACACAAAAAGAAGAAUAUGCUUAAUAUAACCGGCCUUGUCACUGUGCCAGCAGAUUUGUGAUUCCGAUACCGACCCACCUGCCAACGAUCAAAUUCGACUACACCCACUUCGGCAUCAAGCAAUUUAUAUUCCACUCAUCCUCUGAUAUACUAGCUUGAACCUGGCAUCCUCUUGAUACCGUCUUGUUUUCAUUCUUUUGGUUCAUUUGCUACCGUCUGUAAAUUGAGCAGAGCCAUGGACCCUCUCGUGGCCGCAGAACUGGAAAAGUUCGACGAUAGUGUGGCAUUCCGUGCUCGGCCACAACAUGUCCACCACACUUGGGCGCGCACAUUUUCGUCCCUCCCAGAGCUUUUCAUCCAACCCGAGUCUUUGCCUGAAGUUGAAAAAGUUGUGAAUCUGGCGCGAAGAUGCCGUCGGCGUCUAGUGACGACUGGUUGUGGCCAUUCGCCCUCCAAUAUCACUUGUACAUCCAGUUGGCUCGUCAACCUGGACAACUUCAACAGGGUACUCUCGGUGAACAAAGAAACGGGUGUUGUUACCAUGGAGGGUGGAAUCAGGCUUUACGCCCUCUGUGAAGAGCUCGAGAAGCAUGGACUCACGAUGCCAAAUCUUGGAAGCAUCAAUGAGCAGUCUAUUAGUGGCGCUAUCUCAACAGGUACCCAUGGAAGCAGUCUACGCCAUGGACUGAUGUCCGAAGAUGUCCUCUCUCUUAAGGUUACAAUGGCAGAUGGAACUACGGUGUACUGCUCUAAAGACACCAAGACGGACCUUUUCAGAGCUGCCCUUCUUUCUCUUGGCGCUAUUGGUAUCAUUACCGAAGUUUCCUUCCAGGCAGUUCCAGCCUUUACUCUGAAGUGGGAACAGAGCAUUGACACAGACUACAAGAUGUUUGAGUCUUGGAACCGAAACCUAUGGACACAGAGUGAAUUUGUCAGGGUCUGGUGGUUCCCCUACACAAGACGUGCAGUGGUGUGGCAGGCAGAACAAACCGACGAGGAACACCGCGACCCUCCUCAGAGUGGGUAUGACGGCUCAAUCGGCUACUAUGUCUACCACAAUCUUCUCUAUCUUGCCCAACACGUUCCGCGAAUCCUGCCAUGGGUUGAGUGGUUUGUCUUCGGUAUGCAGUAUGGCUUUCGGAAUGGAACCACUUCAUCAGCUGUUCAACCAAGCCGCAAAGCACUGCUCAUGAACUGCCUAUAUUCCCAGUUUGUUAACGAGUGGGCCAUCCCUCUUGAUAAGGGCCCCGAGGCGCUCCGGAGACUGAGCUCUUGGCUUAACCACUUGUCUCCUGAUGACCCUGAUUACGUUCCUCACGACAUCCCCUUCUCUGCGGACGGUCUUUACGUCCACGCACCUGUCGAAGUGCGCGUAAGUGACACCACUCUCACCUCGAACGUACGGCCAUACCUCGAUAUCACUGUUGAAAACGGACCUACAUUGUACCUCAACGCAACACUAUAUCGCCCCUAUCUCAUGGACCCUCCUUGCCACGAACGAUACUACGAGGCUUUUGAGUGGCUGAUGAAAGACCUUGGAGGUCGACCGCACUGGGCCAAGAAUUUUAGAACCACUCGGUCUGAGAUUGAAGCGUUCUAUGGAAAGCAACUUGAAUCGUUUCGAGCCAUACGCAACGAUGUUGACCCUCAGGGCAUGUUUGUCGGGCCAUGGCAUCGAGAAACAAUUAUGGAGAAUGGCGAGGGUCUUGAAUUGGAAGAGGUUGAGAUUCGAAGAGAGAAGAACCGCACAGGAGGUGUCACCACGUUUGGAAUCAUUUGAUAGCGUAACCCGCCACAACAAUAGGUCAUGGGAAUUAGAUAUAUCGCUUGCCACAUGGCCCAUCAAAAACGACUUCAAUAUCGGGAAUUGUGAUGUGAUCCGGACGGCCUAGGCAGCAUGCCGCCCCCAUCCACUUGAUGAUCGAGAACGGGAAUCAAGUAUUAAUAUUAAAACCACUCGCUUAAUUUGUCACAUAUCCGUCUGAAAGAGGAAGAAAAAAAAAAGGAUGCCAGUGUAGUGACUUCUAGAAGAAUACGCGGCACAGCCCACCAAUCACAAGUAACAUUGCAAAGUGUUCUGCAUUAGAUUUGUCGGUAGCCAGCCUUCUCAUCGAUAUGUCGGUAGCGUUCGCGCUCCUUGCGGUCCUUGAGCAGACAUGCAAUGCACAAGAUAAAGAUAGCAUCGAUACCUAUAUGUGGGAAAUUAGUUUGCAAUGUUUCGGCGCACAAUUGCGCAAGAAAUGAAAACUUGAACUCACCAACGAUUCCAAACAGAACAGUAAAAAUGCUGUCGAUAUGUAGGUUUGCAAAACUUGAGAUUGAUGCCGCACAGCCACGUAGCAGCGCUGCACUUGCAGGACUGCUGCAAGUCGAAUCCAUCACAAAAGCCGGAGUUGUGCUAUUGAAAUAACCACAACACUGAAACUGUAAGGAUUCGGGUUAAUACGUCUCGUGGUGUCAGAUGUCAGUGAAACUUACCGAGUCCUGGAUCAAGCUCUGUACGUCUGGCUCUUGGUCGAUGUAGAUAUUGAAAAAUUGCUCACUCAUCCUCAACGUCAUAACCCAGAGGAACACAGCCACACACAUAGUGAAUAUCGCGCACACUGUCAC